GGGAAGGCGAGUAGAUAAGAGGGAGAAGUGGUUUAUUGGCUGUCUGCUGCCACUAAAUCUUAUUUUUUCUCAACCAGAAAAAAAGAGGACUUGUCGUUUGUGUUGCAGGCCUUAAAGCAACAACUUCGCAACCCCAGGAGCGACGGGAGAUGACAUGAUUAUCGUGGAACGGGCCCACAUUUCCAUUCUCCAGCGCCUACGGCGAGCUCAUUGAGUCUGCAACCAGCGUCCGACAUGGGGAAGGAGGUAAACGGCGUUUCGCGGAGCCGGUUUGAGAUGUUCACAAAUAGUGACGAGGCGGUCAUCAAUAAGAAGUUACCCAAGGAGCUGUUGCUACGAAUCUUCUCCUUUCUGGAUGUGGUGACACUCUGUCGAUGUGCCCAGGUCUCACGUUCCUGGAAUGUCUUGGCCUUGGAUGGCAGCAACUGGCAGCGAAUUGACCUCUUUGAUUUUCAGAGGGAUAUUGAGGGUCGAGUGGUGGAGAACAUUUCAAAGCGAUGUGGAGGCUUCCUUAGAAAACUGAGCUUGAGGGGUUGCUUGGGUGUUGGUGACAACGCCUUGAAGACCUUUGCACAGAACUGCAGGAAUAUUGAGCUUCUUAGCCUGAAUGGCUGCACCAAGAUUACUGACAGCACGUGUAAUAGCCUCAGUAAGUUCUGUCCAAAGCUAAAGCACCUGGACCUUGCCUCUUGUACCUCAAUCACCAACCUGUCUCUUAAAGCUCUCAGUGAGGGUUGUCCUCUGCUGGAGCAGCUGAACAUCUCCUGGUGUGAUCAGGUCACAAAGGAUGGCAUCCAGGCUCUGGUGCGCUCUUGUCCCGGACUUAAAGGCCUUUUCCUUAAGGGCUGCACACAGCUUGAAGACGAGGCCCUGAAGCAUAUCGGGGCACACUGUCCAGAGCUGGUCACACUCAACCUGCAGACAUGCUCACAGAUCACAGAUGAGGGCCUCAUUAUUAUUUGUCGAGGUUGUCACCGCCUGCAGUCUUUGUGUGUGUCGGGUUGUGCCAACAUCACAGACGCCAUCUUGCACGCCCUGGGACAAAACUGUCCGCGUCUAAGAAUAUUAGAAGUGGCUCGCUGCUCACAGCUUACAGAUGUGGGCUUUACUACAUUAGCAAGGAAUUGCCAUGAACUUGAGAAGAUGGAUUUAGAAGAAUGUGUGCAGAUCACAGAUGGAACUUUGAUCCAGCUGUCCAUUCACUGCCCUCGCCUGCAAGUCCUGAGUCUGUCUCACUGUGAGCUGAUCACAGACGAUGGCAUCAGACACCUCGGCAGCGGCCCCUGCGCUCACGACCGCCUGGAGGUGAUCGAGCUGGACAACUGCCCCCUCAUCACAGACGCUUCAUUGGAGCACCUGAAGAGCUGCCACAGUCUUGAUCGCAUUGAGCUUUAUGACUGCCAGCAGAUUACACGCGCAGGCAUCAAAAGACUAAGAACUCAUCUGCCUAACAUCAAAGUGCACGCGUACUUCGCUCCUGUCACUCCACCUCCGUCCGUCGGGGGCAGCCGUCAGAGGUUCUGCCGCUGCUGCAUUCUGCUAUGAUGCAAAGACAACGCCCUCCCCUCGUACCCGCACCCGCAACCCAUUGACACACCUUCUCAUCUUCUGUAUAAAGAAAUGAAUACCAAAAGACUUCAUGCUGGUGUGUCCGCUCCCCUUCCUUUUUUCUGAGCUUCAGAGAAUGGGAGAGAAGCAAACAACCCAACAGGAUUCUGGAUAAACUUUCUCAAAAAUGGUUUUGAAUCCCACAUCAUACAUGGAUAAUGCAGAUCCGAACAUCAGCACAAUCUGUGCUGACUUCAGUAUUAGUAAGAGGGGCUAUGUGAAUAACAGCUGUGUUCAUCAGUGCCAUAGGAUUUUACUUUCAAUCAAAUGAAGUAUGGACAACUGUUUCAAAUAAAACUAGGCAUUUUACAGAAACCACUCCACCCCACACACACACACACACAUUUAACCUUCCAAUUCUAGUUUUGAAGUCACUCAAAAGCUACCUCGUGACAGGACUGCACUUGAGUAAGACCAGUGUUUGUUGAGUAUGUCUAAAUAAAAGCAGCAGUGACGUAGCUGAAAAACUGCCAACACCUCCAACAAAUCCACAGCAGCAGAAAACAAUUAUUUUUGUUCCUUUAAGAGUACUUGCAGCUAUUUGCACUUACAGUAAAAAGAAAACAAGCAGACACAUUAACUAACAUCACAUGCUGGCGCUCACAGCUGUUGUCCUCUUACCUCUCUCCGUUACAAUCAGCAAUCAGAUGCUUCAAGAUACUGAAGAGAACAGAAAAAUAAGUAUUUUUCUAAAACUCAGACUCACAAGUGGGGACUUAAAAAGAUGCCAAAUGUUGCAUGUAACUCUAGUCUUUUUUUUAAUAUAAAAUGUAAAUAUGUAAGGACUGAGAGUCAAAGCCAGCUCAACAGGACAAUGAUGUAAGACGGGGACAUAGAUAUCUUCCAAUCAAAGGAAGAUCCGGCAAAGUUCGAGCAUGCUUGUCUACAUACUGAUUUGCUGGAGAGUUUGAGCCAGCUCUCAGUCUUGAGGCGAACUGAUGCUGGUCUGUUACAGCUUAUGUCGACAAACUUUUUUAUUUUAUUUUUUUCCUAGAAGAAGGCGUAGAUUGGGGGUGGCAUCACUACAAGAAUUCAAGCUGUCGAAGGACAAUGGAGAGAUAAAGCCAACUUAAAAAAAACAAUCUAAAAUUGUCUACUUUCAGUUACUUUGAUUUCCUUGAGUUGCUUUUUUUUUUUUUUGAGUGGAGGACAAAGGACGCACGCGCUUGAGGUCGAGAGUCACAACUCCUCAACUCCUAUGAGGCCUUGCAGGAGCACCUCUGUCUGUCUGGGACCAGUGACCCUGGAGUUGCUUAAAGGGGAAGCUGACUGAAUCUGAGGAGUGCACAAUCUUGGCCUGCAGCGGAGGAUCUUCUAAAGGACUUCAGCUCCUGGCCCUUUGAAGUAUUGAAUUACUAAGUCCUGGUUUCACACCUGCUUCAUUCUAUCUCUUUAUAUAAAUGUUGUUUUUCUCCUUGCUGUAAUUUCCCCUGAGUCUUUCCGUCUUGUUUUGCUGUGGUUUGGAUUCUGUCUCCGUUGUGUUUGAAGUCAUGAGUCCAGUCUCUGCGGAAUGAGUUUAAGCCCAAUUUUCAAUCCUAGUUGAUCUGAUGGAGUUUGUUUUCAUUAAGUUUAAACUCAAUGUGUAGCAUUUGUCCAUGGGAAGUGUUGGCAUCAGUGCAAUUAUACUUUUUUAUUUUUUAUUUUGUUUAAUCUACAUACAAGUUUAGGGUGAUUAUAGUUGAAUGUUUUAAUCAAGGAGAAGGAUCUAAGUGCAGCAGAAUGAUUUUUUUAUUUUUAUCCCCAUCCAAAACCAUUCUUUAUUUUGCCUUGUUUUGAUAAGAAAACCCUUUACUCAUAAUGUCCUCUGCCUAACUGCUUCAAACAAAGUGAUAAAUUACAAUAUUGGGCACCAAUUUAACACGUGCUGCAACAAAUUGGCAUUAGGAAAAUCCAAAAUCAUGAUUCUGUUUAGUGUGAAUUUUGUUUCAAAGGAGUUUGAUGGGAGGAUUUAUUAGAGGAGUCAAAAAGCUUAAAGUAUGGUGAUUAACUCUUUGUGCUCCAGAAGAUCAGACCUUGAGCUUGGAUGUAGUAUCUUCCAAUCCUCGAGUUCCAGUGCAGAACAGUGACAUGCUUUCAGGCUGCUCCUAGAGGUUUCAUGUGCAGCAAGAAAAUGUUAUUUGAUGCUACAAAAAAAGAAAAACACUACAGCUUCCACACUGGACUUAUUUUCCAGAACAGUAUCAAUCUCCUAUCUUAUCUAUCAUAUCGGAGCUCUAUAUUCCCUGGUUUACAUAAAGGUGGAGUCAUCACGCUCCAGUUCUGUUUGUUUAAUUCACGUUUUGUCCUAAACACUGGAGUAAGACAGACGAGCAGAAGAAGCUGAAUCAACAGUGUCUAUGUUGGAAGUAGAUUUGACACCUGAGAAAAAAAAAAAAAAAGCAGUUUUCAAAGUGACUGUAGUUCAUAUGAUUACUGUAAAUCUUUUCCUUUUUCUUUCUUUUUAUAAUUAACCAUUAUAAAGAAAUAUGUACUUAUGAAUAAAUAUAUACCUAUAUUAUUAA